AUGUCGCCGGCGUCGGCUCGCUCGUCUGUUACGGGCCACCGCGUGCAGAGCCUACAGCCUGCGCGGAGGCUGGUCGACGAGCACGAUGCCUACUCUUUCGCUCUCCGCGCCGCCUACCUCUCGCACCUUCUGCAGCCCAAGGCUCGUCGCAUCCAACAUGUCGCUCAGCCCGUCAAGCCCGUCUCGCGCUCGUCCACGUCCAUCACAGACCUGGUCAAGGACUUCUCCUCGAUCCGCGACUCCAAGAGCACCCGCCUUCCACAUGGCUUUACUGGCGAGCUGGACAAGCGCAUCACCGGUGUGCUCGUCGGCAGAGAGCGCAUGCCCGAGUUCAACGACCCUCUGGUCAAGCGUACCUUUGCCACCUUCCUGAACGAGUUCAAGAAUCCUACAUUUCGCAAGUCCAUGGAGAAGGAUCGCCGUGUCGAGGAUCUCCUCUUGAUCUUUUUCUCCAAGGCCACAUCCGAGCUGCAAAAAGGAAAGAGCCCCGACGACGAUUCUUGGAAGCUCAUGGUCGACCGUCAUGUUGCUCUGUUCGUGCGCCUCAUCAGCUCGACGCUAAAGAAGGACGACUGGGCGCGCGAUCGUCCUGAGCUUACCUCCCGUCUGCAGACGCUUGAGAGCAAGCUGCUGGUGCAUGCUCAGGAUCUGACCAGCUCUUCUCAGCCUUCCGGUAGUACUACCGUUGAAAUCGAGAUUCCACGCAGCUCAGAGGUCAAAGACAUGCCGCUUGUUCUUCGCGUCGCAAACAUUUUUGGCACCUCGUAUGACCAGAUUCAAGCCGACAUUGACUCGCACAAGGCUGCGUGGACCGAACAGGCCGCCAUACAAGACCUGAAGUUGUACCAGAUGCAUCUUAGCCUAAACUCUAGUAGGACUCUUAGCAGCCAGGACUUUCAACUCGACGACGCCUAUGAGNNGGCAUGGAAGAAGGCCGAGAUUCAGGACCUCUCACAGCUAAUGCUGGCCAUCAUCCAAACUAAUCCUGAGCUUGCAAAGAGCACGACCGGGCCAGCUGCUAUAAAAUCUCCACCUCCAGCAUCUACCGAUGAUGUUGACCCGUCUAUUUCAGUCGAUCAGCCCUUCGAUCUGAGCACACUUAGUCUGAACAGUUCACCACGCGAGUCGGUCAGCGAUGAUACCGCCUUCACAUAUAUUCCAUCGGAGCCGAGGGCUUACUAUCGCGCUGUUCUGAGGAAGGCUCUAGAAAAUGACAUCUUUCAAGACGACAACGCCGAGGGCUUAGAUGGACCAGAGAUACAACUACUCUCUAAGCAGUCCAUUGAUGUCCUUAACGAGCUAGCGCUGCGAUGGCGCAUUCCGCAACCCUCCAGGAUGACACUGUUCUUGGACGUCAUCAGGGAAAAGUUCGAUCGUCAGGAGAUCACUUUGGACACGCUCGAUGCCGCAUUUAUGUAUGUGAAGACGCCUACGGCUGAGGCGAAAAAGGCAAAUCGUAUGAGUCACAUGACUCCCUCUAUCAUGCUUGAUGCAUCCAAGUGGAUAAUUCCCGACUACUCACUACAGCAACAAUCUCUCUCCUUGAUUCACGAUGCGCUACUCAGAGAACUUUUCGAGCUUCUACAACAUUGCUACGAGCCCAAACCCCCUUCUAUUGGCUCGGUAAUGUAUGUUCUCGAGACCCAUGUUUAUGAUGAUCCNCUCUUUGCGAAGACGCCCGAAGACUUGGAUGAGUUCACAGGAGCCCUGCACGAUGCACUAAGGCAAAAAGCUCGGGAGGCUUACAAUGGUAUGCUCUCGAAGCAUGUGCCCGAGGAUGCAGAAUCUUGGGAAUUUUAUCAUGUCAUACAACUUGGCAAAGCAGUAGUCACACUCGCCGACAAGAUCCAGAAACGCUAUCGUAAAAACCCCGAGAUCAUGGGCGUCAAUCCAUUGACGGCUCUAGUCGAGGAGAUUUUACCUUCCUUUGCCGCAGACGCUCGCGACUUGGUAUCACGUAUUGUCGAGGUCGUUCGGAGCCGUGGCGAAGAUGUCCCUGUCCAAGAUGGGUUCGACCUAUAUAAAGAACUCGUUAGCAUCCGCAAGGUCCACUCACAGGCGCUCCCGAAUGUUCCGUUCGCGUUCCACAUCGAGGGCUUAUUGGCAGACUUCGUGUGGCGUUGGAUUGCUAUGACCGAUACAAAUAUGCUGGGCUGGGUUGAAGGAGCUGUCAACCAAGACGACUUCAAGGUCCGCAGUUCCCAUCCGGGCAAUGUUCCUACAGAUGAGGAGCGCCAUAGCGUGUCUGCGGUUGACAUGUUUCGUUCUUUUAGUCAGACCAUCGAUCAGAUUAUCAAACUCGAGUGGGACGAUGACUUGCAAUAUGCUAAGUUCAUGACGGCAAUCUCGAAAUCCAUCGGUAUUGGCAUCGCUAGAUACUGCGAACUUGUAGAACAGAAGUUUGUCAAGGAAAUGGACCGCAUGACUCCCGAACAGGAAGCUGCAUCUCGUCAGACCCGCCAGGAGAAAUGGGUUCAGAUGGCCAAAGACACAUGGGCUAACCGAGAGAAGGUUGAACCGUUCCAGUUCUUGCCCGAGUCGCUUGUCAAGCUAAACAACAUCGAGUACACGACCCUCCAAUUGGACAAACUAGAAAAGGAAAUCAACGUAGACGCUUGCGCAGAUGUCAUUCAGAGACACGCACCUCCAAUCAACCCAGUCAAGCUUCGUCAGUCCAACAAAUUCGUCUUCACCAUCAAGAUCAUUGAGGCCGAAGAUCUCAAAGCUUGUGACAUGAAUGGCUUGAGCGACCCGUAUGUCGUGCUUGGAGAUGAAUAUCAGAAACGCUUGGCCAAAACUCGCAUUGUCUACGGUAGCUUGAACCCGCGCUGGGACGAGACAGUCGAUAUCAGCACGCAAGGUCCUUUGAACAUUAUUGCCACAAUCUGGGAUUGGGAUGCUUUGGGCGAUCAUGAUUGCGUAGGGCGAACAUCGUUGAAGCUGGAUCCAUCACACUUUAGUGACUACAUGCCACGAGAAUUUUGGCUUGACCUCGAUACUCAAGGCAGGUUGUUGCUGCGUGUAAGCAUGGAAGGCGAAAGGGAUGACAUACAGUUUUAUUUCGGUAAAGCUUUCCGCACGCUAAAGCGCAGCGAACGUGACAUGACGCGCAAGAUUACAGACAAGCUAUCCUCGUACAUUCAACAAGUCUUGUCACGCAGAGCUCUUCGUGGUCUUCUCAAUCAGGGAAUAUCGAUCAAUACAGUUCGUGGGUAUUUCCAAAAGGCCAGACCACAGUCCGUCAUCCAAGGACCUACUCCAGGCGAUAUCAUGAACGCGCUGAAGCCUCUUUUCACCUACUUCGAUGAUAACUUUGCGAUUAUGAAACAGACGCUGACAGAUUCGGCAAUGGUCAUGGUCAUGACCCGACUGUGGAAAGAAGUUCUUGUCACGAUCGAGUCGUUGCUUGUACCUCCGCUCUCAGACAAGCCUUCACAACAACGAGCAUUGACACAACAGGAGCUGGACAUUGUCUUCAAAUGGCUACAGAUGCUGUUUGACUUNUUCCACGCUAUUGAUGAAGAAGAUGGCACGGCACACGGAGUGCCACUGGACAUUCUUAAAUCAUCAAAGUACCACGAUCUGCAGAAUUUGAACUUCUUCUACUUUGAGUCGACGGAGAACCUGAUCAGGACAUCAGAGUCAAUGGCCAAAGCCACAGUGGCAAGACAGCAGGCCAGGCAGACGCGAGAGCUCAACCGGAUGUCGGCACCUGCUACACUUGCCCAACACUCGUUCAGCGGGGCUGCGAGCUUGGUGGGAGUGCCCAGUACACGACGAAGCAAGAGCAUCAUGCUAAGUCGCAAUCUUGGUACAAUGAAGAAGGCAAAGGAGGAAAAGCGCAAAGAGGCACAGGCGGAGCCAAGUGACGAUAUGAUACUUAGGAUUUUGCGCAUGCGACCCGAGGCAGAGAGAUAUCUAAAGGACCGCAGUAGGCAGAAGGAAAGACUGGCAGCGCACGCGGCAGCAGAGCUGAUCGUGCGGCAAAGUCUCAUGGCACAGAGAACCAUGGCACGUGGACGAUGA